AUGCAAGUGCACAAUGUGGAGGAGAUUCUUGCAAAUCUAUCGAGCACUUGCGAUCUACUGGAGGGAAAGGUCCUCCACUUUCAGAUCGAGAGAAGCCCGCAUUGCCAUGACAGAUUGGUGGCCAACUUUCUUGUCCAAAUGUACGGCAGAUGCGGUAGCCUCGAAGACGCUCGGAAAGUUUUUGACACCCUUAGCAAUCCCAACGUUUUCUCCUGGACAAUGCUCAUCAAAGCAUAUGCCCAAAACGGGCAUCUUGAAGGUGCACGAAGCAUAUUUGAUGCGAUGCCUAUCCGAGAUCUUGUCGCAUGGAACACCAUGAUAAAACUUUAUACAGACAAUUUUCGUUUGGAUUCGGCUAGAACAAUGUUCAACCUUAUGCCGCAAAGGGACGUUGUCUCCUGGAACUCCAUGAUCAAAGCAAAUGCCCAAUCCGGACAUGUGGAUAAGGCUAAAGAUGUAUUUGAUUCCAUGCCGGAACACAAUUUGAUCUCGUGGAACUCGGUUCUCGCCACACUUGCUCAAGCUGGAAGAGAAGAAGCAGCGCAGGAUGUGUUUGAUCAAAUGCAACUUCACGACCUAGUCUCGUGGACUGCGCUGCUCGUCGCAUAUACUCAAGCCGGGAAUCUCCUUGUCGCAAAGUCAACGGUUCUUUGGAGCAAUGCGAUGGUUGGGGCGGCAUUGCUGCUGCUACUGCCUGGGCGGGAGGCCUUCAGGUACUGCAAUCUCCGCCUACAUUCCUCCGGAUUCAGGGGUGCUCGCAACGCCGUCGAGUCGGCGCAGUUCUCGCGGGUACUUAGGAGCAGCAGGAUCAGCCACGCCGUCCUGGGGAGCGGCGAGGGAUUCCAAGAGCUGGACGAGAUGCUAGAGAAGAUCGCCACGAUGCCCGAUCCAUCGCAGGGAUAUGGCUUCGUUCUCAGGCAGAUUGGCGAGCGCAAGGCGCUGGCACAGGGCAAGCGCGUCCAUGCUCACAUCUUGAGGACCAGGAAGUGGAAGUCGAGCACCGUCGUCUCCAAUCUCCUCGUCCAGAUGUAUUGCCAGUGCGGCAGUGUGGAUUUGGCGCGCGAGGUCUUCGCCGGCACGAUCCAUCGCAACGAGCAGUCGUGGAGCUCGAUGAUCGCGGGCUACGUCCACCAUGGCCGCCACGGGGAAGCGCUCGAUCUCUUCCUCAACCUGGAAUGCGAGCAGCGCAUCCAGCCUAAUCGAUCCAUCUUCGCCAGCGCUCUCGCGGCUUGCACCCACUUGGGCGAUCUGGAACAUGGUCGAAGGAUCCACGAGCGCAUUCAUCACUCCAAGAUCGCUGGAGUUCACGACGUGGUGAUCGGGAACGCAUUGGUGACGAUGUAUGCCCGGUGUGGGGAUUUGGUGUCGGCCCGUGAGUUUUUCGAGGGGAUGCGAGAGAAGAAUUCCAUGUCGUGGAACGCUAUCAUCUCGGCUUACGUCCAAGGCGGCCAUCCCCGGGAAGCUCUCGAGCUCUUUGCGAGGAUGACAGGGAAGUUAAACAGCUUCGUUUUCGCCAGCGCUUUCACUGCUUGCUCGAUGGUGGGAGAGAUUGAUCUCGGUAAGAAACUCUAUGCAAGGUUUGUCGAGAGCGGACUAAAGCCGGAUUUGAUCGUGCAGAACGCUCUGAUGAGCAUGUAUGCCAAGUGUGGAGAGUUGGACGAGGCGAGGAGGAUUUUUUUCGAGCUUCCAACGCGUGAUGUCGGUGCAUGGGCGUGUCUCAUGGCCGGAUAUGCUCAGCACGGAGAUGUCGCUCGGGCUCUCGAGCUCUACAACAGGAUGAGAGACGAGAAGGUGGAGGCUAACGCGGCCAUUUUCUCCACGCUCAUCGCGGCUUGUUCCACUCUGAAAGAAGGCUUCUCUGGUCGGAAUGUAUGGGAAGCACGGCAAGAUUGAGGAAGCGAGACGGAUUUUUGAUAACAUUCAUGGCGAAAACAAAGACGUGGCUGCCUGGUCGAGCAUCAUUUCGGCUUA